AGUCCCUAUGCCCAUGUGCCAAUCGUCAGCUUUCGCUACUUCACUGGUGCUCGGUUGAUCUUCCCUCUGUUGUCCUCUGUACUCUAGAACAAAGAAGCAUCACGAUAGAUAGCCAGAAAAAAACAGAGAAGUUCAGCUGCGGAAAAGGAUGAGUCUUCAAGUAAUUUUUGCUACGUCAUUACUUCUUGGACUCGCCGCCGCCUGCCCGCCGUCGGACCGGGCGGCGCUGCUCUCCUUCAGAGCCGGGCUUCACGAGUCCUACCUCGGCAUCUUCAACUCCUGGACCGGCCCCGACUGCUGCCAUAACUGGUACGGCAUCAGCUGCGACGCCGACUCCGGCCGCGUUGCGGACAUCAACCUCCGGGGCGAGUCCGAAGACCCCAUCUUCGAGAGGGCCAAGCGGACCGGCUACAUGACCGGCACGAUAUCUCCCGCGAUAUGCAGGCUCGAGCGCCUCUCCAGCCUCACCGUCGCCGACUGGAAGGGCAUCUCCGGCGAGAUACCCGCCUGCCUUGCGUCCCUGCCGUACCUUCGGAUCCUGGACCUCAUUGGGAACCGCGUGUCGGGCAAGAUACCGGCGGACAUCGGGAGGCUGAAGCGACUGACGGUGCUCAACCUGGCGGAUAACGUGAUAACGGGUCGGAUCCCGAGUUCCCUGACGGGCCUGUCGAGCUUGAUGCACCUCGACUUGAGGAAUAACCGGAUCUCAGGUCCGCUUCCCCGAGAUUUUGGUAAGCUGCGGAUGUUGAGCCGGGCACUUUUGAGCGGGAACCAAAUAACCGGGUCGGUUCCGGCAUCCAUAUCCCAAAUAUACCGGUUAGCGGAUCUGGACCUUUCCGCGAACCGGCUCUCGGGCCAAAUCCCACCAUCGCUCGGUAAAAUGCCCGUCCUCGCCACACUGAACCUGGAUUACAACCAACUCUCGGGGGCGAUCCCAGGGAGCCUGAUCAACUCGGGGGUGAGCAACUUGAACCUGAGCAGGAACUCCAUCCAGGGCCCGAUACCCGACAUGUUCGGGCCGAGGUCCUACUUCACGGCGCUGGACCUUUCGUACAACAACCUGCGGGGGCCAAUCCCGAAGUCGAUAUCGGCCGCAUCGUUCAUCGGGCACAUGGACUUGAGCCACAACCACCUGUGUGGGCGGAUCCCGGCGGGCUCGCCGUUCGACCACCUCGAAGCCUCGUUGUUCCAGUACAACGACUGCCUGUGUGGGAAGCCACUAAAAGCUUGUUAGAUUACGCUGUUAAUGGGGAUAUGAAGGAUCUUCAUGCACGUAAAUGCUGCAUGAAGCUAAUAAUAGCGAUGAUGCUUUAGCGGAUUUUGUUAGUGUAACUUGUGAGGAGCCACUGCAAUCGCUUCCAACUCAUGAUGAAAUCACUCCGACAUGGACAUGUCUUGUACCGA